AUGGUCGGGCCCCUCAAAAAGGCCCUAGGCGGUCACACCCACCUGCUUGUGGUGGUGGAUAAAUUCACGAAAUGGAUUGAGGUAAGGCCCAUCACCAACAUCCGCUCGCAAGAGGCGAUUGAGUUCUUCCUCGAUAUCGUCUACCGGUUUGACAUCCCUAAUUGUAUCAUCACAGACAACGGAACAAACUUCACCAGAAAGAAGUUCCUGGAUUUCUGUGACGGAUAUGGCAUUAGGGUCGACUGGGCCUCAGUUGGACACCCACGAACCAACAAUCAGGUUGAGCGAGCCAACGGCAUAGUCCUGCAAGGACUCAAGCCGCGCAUCUUCGACCCGCUCAAGGAAUACGCCGGACGAUGGGUUGCAGAGCUUCCAGCAGUCCUCUGGAGCCUGAGAGCGACCCCGAACCGGUCAACGGGGUUCACCCCCUUCUUCCUGGUAUACGGCUCGAAAGAGGUACUGUCAUCUGACCUCGACUACGGCACUCUAAGGGUGAAGGCGUUCGACCCUGACCGAGUUGCGGAGGCUCAACAGGACACGAUCAACUUGCUCGAGGAGGCACGCGAGAUGGCACUCAUCCGCUCUGCCCGCUACCAGCAAACUCUUCACAGAUACCAUGAAAGGAAGAUUUGGGGAAGAACCCUCAAGGCCAGAGACCUCGUACUUCGAAGGACCCGAGCGACCAAGGACAAGCACAAGCUUUCUCCGCCAUGGGAAGGAUCGUACACAGUGGCCGAGGUGAUCCGACCACGCGCCUACCGACUGAAGGACGAAGAUGGCAACAUCCUCACUAACACUUGGAACAUCAAGCAGUUAUGUUGCUUCUUUCCCUAA